AUGUCCGAGUCGAAUUCGCCUAAGACAGACACGAGCAGCUCCAGCCUUCUGCGGCGCUUCCGCUUUCAAAAGAAACAAACGAAGGCGAUGAACAUGUCCGAUGACGACAGUAAUCUGGUAAGUCCUGAUGUACAAGUGCGCCGUAAACCUGUAAAUCGCAUCGAAGAUAGCGACAGUGAUAUAGGUAGUCCAGCUAAACCGACAAUCUCAAGUUCAGACAUUAAUACCAAAGGUAAAGAGCACAUGCUGAAGUACCUGACAAGGUUGUAUCCACAGAACGAUGUGCUGCGUAUACAGGAAGUACUUAUUAGUACUAAUUGGAACAUUGAAGAGGCUGAAGAAGCACUUAGGAAUAACAAGAAGAGGAGCUCAAAAGAAUCUCCAAAAACGAACAAGAAGAAAAAAAGAAGAAAAUUAAAUGUAGAGGAAGACGUGGAUGUUGAUUCGGAUGAAGGAGAUUAUAAGGACAAAGUAUUUGAUAGCGAUGAAGAUGCGGAGAUAUCUAAUGAACUCACGGGCGACAAGAAAGCAGUCUUGAAGUUUAUGCAAACUGCGGUGUCCUCAGAAUUGCUUCUCAUGUCUCAGUGUUCACAAAAGAGAGCUAAUGCCAUUAUAGAAGCGAGACCGUUUGAAAAUUGGAAAGAAUUGGUGAAUAAAUUUCAAAAUACAAGAUACUUGGAUACUGAAUUGUUAAACGCAGCUCAGGUGUUAUUAUGCACACGUCAUGUGUUGGAGAACCUGAUGAAAAAAUGCCUGCGUUUGUCCACUAAUAUGGAGAAAGCUGUGUCUGCUGGUGCUUCGACCAUAACGCAGCAACCAAAGGGUCUAUCGUCCGAUUUAACAUUGGCCCCGUACCAAAUGGUCGGCCUCAACUGGCUUGCCGUGAUGCAUGCACAGAACGUGAACGGCAUAUUGGCCGAUGAAAUGGGCCUCGGGAAAACUGUGCAGGUGAUAGCCUUCUUGACGUAUUUGAAGGAAGCCGGUCUCAUCGAUGAGCAGGACGGCCCUCACCUGAUUGUCGUUCCUAGUUCGACCAUAGAAAAUUGGUGGAAUGAACUAGAGAGAUGGUCACCUGGCUUAAAAGUUGUACAGUAUUACGGCUCUCAGGACGAACGGAAAGAAAUGCGAAUGGGCUGGCGAAACGGUGAUCUCGAAGAUGUCGACGUGCUGUUAACUACGUACAGUUUAAUCUGCAGCACUCCGGAGGAACGUAGACUGUUUCGCGUUAUGCCCAUUGACUAUGUUGUUUUUGAUGAGGCGCAUAUGCUGAAAAACAUGAGCAGCGUUAGAUAUGAGAAUCUCGUUAGAAUUAAUGCUAAACAUCGUAUCUUAUUAACUGGAACCCCUUUACAAAAUAAUUUAUUGGAAUUGAUGUCUCUAUUGAUAUUCGUAAUGCCGUCGUUGUUCGCUGGCAAACAAGCCGACCUGAAAAGCUUAUUCUCCAAGAAUCCCAAAACACCGGGCGAUAAGAAGGACGGAGAUCAACCGUUGUUCGAGAGAGAACAAGUUAAGAAUGCAAAGAAGAUUAUGCGUCCGUUCGUUCUUCGCCGGCUAAAAGCUGAAGUUCUCCGUGACCUGCCCUAUAAGAAGGAUGAGAUAAUACGAUGCGCGUUGAUUAAGAAGCAGCAGAGUAUGUAUGACAAAUUAAUCGCGCAAUUUUCAGCGGAGGCCAACGAGAUCACAGAUGUAAACGGGACCGGCAUGAUGAUGCAACUGAGAAAGCUCGCCAAUCACCCCCUUCUCGUGCGCGAUUAUUAUGACGAAGAAAAGCUCAAGAUCAUAGCGAGUAGAUUGGCGAAAGAACCAGGCUAUAAACAGAAGAAUCCCACGUACGUGUUCGAGGAAUUGAUCUGGGCGUCCGAUUACCAAAUAAAUCAGUUGACCCGGAUAUACAAGAGCGUGGCCGGAUUUGGCCUUCCUCAAGAGCUGAUUCCUCAAGCUGGCAAGUUGAAACAAUUGGACGAACUGCUGCCGCGUUUGAAGAAAGGUGGUCACAGAGCGCUCAUAUUCAGCCAGUUUACUAUGGUAUUGGACAUACUCGAGGAAUACUUGACUAUCAGAGGACAGACAUUUUUAAGGCUAGACGGUAGUACGCCCGUGACUGACAGGCAAAGCUUGAUCAAUGAAUAUACGCAAGAUACAAGUAUAUUCAUAUUCCUGUUGUCCACGAGAGCCGGAGGUUUAGGGAUCAAUUUAACAGCCGCGGAUACGGUUAUAAUACACGAUAUAGACUUCAAUCCGUACAAUGACAAACAGGCGGAAGAUAGGUGUCAUCGAGUCGGGCAAAAGAAACCAGUCACUAUAAUUAGACUGUUGAGUGAAGGCACAAUAGAGGAAGGCAUGUACGAAAUAGCUCAAGAAAAGUUGCACCUUGAACAACAAAUCACUGAAAACGAAGAAAGUGAAAACACGGAUAAAAAGUCUGUUCUGAAAUUAUUAAAAAUGACAAUAGGCCAGGAUGUUCAUAAUAAAUCUUCAAUGAAAAAUGCCAGUAAAGGAUCUGAUGCACUGAUACAUGAUGAGAAUUGUAAAUAAGAAAUUUAAUCGCUAUUUGUAAUUUUGCUAUUUAAAAUGCCACAAUGGUCAUCAUCUUCGUAUAUUCCACUUUCACCUGUACGCACGCCGUAUUCUGCACGCUUUGCGAACGCUAAAUACUGAAGAGAAAAAACAAAAAAAAAAAGGCAUAUUUAGGGUUCGUUUAUGCGUCCAGAAUGAGGUCCCGAAAAACACCGAGUCGUCGUAAAUGCAUGAAGAAAUAGGAAGGCGGAUGUUUUUUAUAUGUAAAAUGUCGGACAUUUUAAUUCAACUUAAGCUGAGUAUACGCAGCACAUAGUGAUUUUCUACUUGUAAGAUGUCUUGCGGAACAAUCUGUUUUUUGUGAUUUUGUAUGUCUAUUAAAUCAUUCCUUUAUUUAUCUACACAA